AUGUUGCGAUUAUUAAGAACUCCUGUUUCAUCGAAACAGCUUAGUGGAUCGUUUGUCAAGCGUACUUUCAUAAAGAAUGUUAAACCUCACUAUCGAUCAUAUACAAACGCACCUCCUCCACCUCCUCCAAACGUCAAAGGCGGAAAAGGUAAGAUUUUGUUAGCAGUGGGUGCUUUAGCUAUAGGUUCCACUUUUCUUGCUGCCAACUUCAAUAAAGAGUCCCCAAAAUCGGCCAUUGACACCCCAAUUUCGAGCCCAGCAUUCUCUAAGGGAAAGAUUUCUGUCAUUUUUGUCCUUGGUGGACCAGGAUCUGGUAAAGGUACUCAAUGUGCUAAAUUAGUCAACGACCAUGGAUUUAUUCAUUUAUCGGCUGGUGAUUUAUUAAGAGCUGAGCAACAUAGACAAGGCUCCAAGCACGGUGAAUUGAUUGACAAGUGUAUUAGAGAAGGUACAAUUGUUCCACAAGAAGUUACACUCGCCUUAUUAGAACAAGCUAUAAAGGAAAAUUAUUCAAAAGGUUCUACAAAGUUCUUAAUCGACGGUUUCCCAAGAAAAAUGGAUCAAGCAUUAUCCUUCGAAGAGGAUAUCGCAGAAUCUACUUUCACCUUAUUCUUCGAAUGUCCUGAACUGGUUAUGUUGGAAAGACUUUUGGAAAGAGGAAAGACCAGUGGUAGAACUGAUGACAAUAUUGAAAGUAUUAAGAAGAGAUUUUCUACAUUCCUUCAGACAUCGAUGCCUGUAGUCGACCACUUCGAAAAACAAGGUAAAGUUGUUAAGUUAAAUUGUAAUCAGCCUGUUGAUGAAGUCUACAAGCAAGUUAAGGACGCAUUAAAGGCGAGAAGCGUCUAA